CGUGGUACACAGUCAGGCGACAUUACUGCCCUUGAUUGGGUCGGACAAUCAUCCAAAUUCAAUAGUUGUCUUACGGCCGACAUCACCUCUUACAACACUCCUCCAUGCACCCUUCCAUCUUUGUCUGAAGAAAGAUUCAGACAACUAUCUCUUCGCUGCGAAAAAAUCGCGUGAUUAUGGAUUUGGCUUCGAAACUCUACGAACAGCUUGAUAACACAAGCGCUGCUCGUUUCGCGAGCUGCAGACUGCAUCUACCUUGCAUGGAAUUCCUUGUCACAGACGCCAGUCCGGGUUAUGGUCCAUCCCAGGAGUCUCGAUAUGAGGUCAAGGCAGACGGGCUUCACAACCUGCUGAUCACCACCAAAGAGCCGAUUGUUCUCGCGGACAGUGCUCACUCAGCAAACCUUCGUGCUUGUCCGUCCCUGGGAUCGAUCUCUCCUCGAACUACCAGGCUUUGUCGAUUUGCCCGAUGUUGGGGACGAUACGGAAAGCGAGGAGAAUUAUUGGACGUCACCUUCUUCUCCUUCAGACGAAUCACCUAGCCGUUUUCUUGUAAAACAGGAGGUGUUUAAUCUAGAAUCACGA